AUGAGCCAAGCCGGUGGGAAAUUCUCUGGGCUGUGGAAGCUCGUGGCGUGGGAUGAGCCAUCUUUCCAGGGCCGGCAGCACGAGUUCACCUCAGAGUGCUAUGACAUCGCCGCCUGUGGCUUGGAGGAGGUCUGUUCCGUCCGGGUGGAGAGCGGCACGUGGGUUGGCUUUGAGCAUCCCGGCUUCCAGGGGCAGCAGCUGGUGCUGGAGCAAGGAGAGUACCCCUGCUGGGAAGCCUGGGCCGGCAAUGUCGCCUACUGCGUGCCAAGGAUGAGCUCCUUCCGACCCAUCUCCUCUGCGAACCUCCGGGACAGCGAGAUGACCAUCUUUGAGCAGGAGAAUUUCCUGGGCCGCAAAGGGGACCUCAGUGAAGACUGCCCAUCUCUCAAAGCCAUGGGCUGGGCCAGCAGCGAGGUGGGGUCCCUCCGUGUCUACUCUGGAGCCUGGGUGUGUUCCCAGUUCCCCGGGUACCGGGGGUUCCAGUAUGUUGUGGAGAGUGACUGCCGUGGGGGUGAAUACAAGCGCUUCCAGGAGCUGGGCUCUCAUGCCCGGACCCCGCAGGUGCAAUCCAUCCGCCGAAUCCAGCAGUAA